CUCUCUCAGCAGCAGCCACGUCACCGCGGACGGAGUGACGCAUUUCCUCAGAGGCCGUUAACGAAAAAAAACACUGAUCUGAGGACAGUUACUCUGAAUUAAAGGGGAUGCCAGGCGGGGGACUGGAUACAGAUGGAUGGAUGGAUCUAAGAAUAUGUAGGGCUUCGGGGAGGAGCGCUCCCUCAAAAGCGAGUGGCAGUGCAGUGUAAUGUAGCAGUCCAGCCUGAGCGGAGCAGCGAUCAAACAGGGCGCAGCAUCAGGGAUUCAAGGAACUGCAACUACAGGAAGAGACACUAGGAGGCCCGAGCAAGGCAGUCAAAAAGCCUCAACCCAGAGGAACCGUGUGCCUGUGGAUGGACAGUGCAGGCACCCAUGGCAUCACAGGAGCUUGUGGAUACGAGAGACUCUGCCACUCAUAAUCUGAACCCAGGAAUGGAGGGCGGUGCCGUGCCCAGCACCGGGAAAACCUGUCCUGUCCACACCCCAGGUGGAGAGGAUACAAAGCGGGGAUUUCGGAAAGGCAUAGGGAGGCAUAAUGACUACGUGAAGAUAUCUGUGCCAGAGUCCAAGGUCAGUCGUCUGCCCAUGGAAUGGUGGAAGACACUGAUUGCCUUCUUUUAUGCUGGUUUUAACUUGGUCCUGACAACAGUCGUCAUCACAAUAGUCCACGAGAGGGUCCCACCCAAAGAAAGCAGCCCUCCCCUUCCUGAUAAAUUUUUUGACUAUAUUGACAGGGUCAAGUGGGCAUUUACAGUGACAGAAAUCAAUGGCAUGGUUCUGCUGGUCAUUUGGAUUAUCCAGUUGUUCUUCUUCAGAUACAAGUCAAUAGCGAGCAGGCGGUUCUUCUUCCUCAUUGGCACUCUGUACUUGUACCGCUGUGUUACUAUGUACAUCACCACCCUGCCUGUACCUGGCAUGCACAUGACUUGUGCUCCUAAGCUGCAUGGAGACUCCCAGGCAAAAAUCCAGCGAAUUCUGCGACUGAUUUCAGGUGGAGGUCUGUCCAUUACAAACUCCCAUCUCAUGUGUGGAGACUUUCUCUACAGUGGACACACUGUGAUGCUCACCCUCACUUAUCUGUUCAUCAAGGAAUACUCGCCACGGUCGUUUUGGUGGUACCAUCUGAUGUGCUGGCUGCUGAGUGCCGUGGGUGUGGUGUGCAUCCUGGUGGCACAUGAACACUACAGUGUGGAUGUGGUCGUGGCCUAUUUUAUCACCUCCCGACUAUUCUGGUGGUACCAUACCAUGGCCAACUUACAGACUCUGAAAUGCUCACCCAACAACUACCUCACUAACACCUGGUGGAACCCUCUGUUCAACUUCCUGGAGAAGAACGUCCAAACCGCGGUGCCGUGCUCAUACAGCUGGCCCAUCACCUGGCCUCCUGCCUGUCUUAAGAACCCCUGUAAGAAGUACUCCAUGGUACAGAGCACACGAGAGGAGUGAGUGGACCCUGAUAACCCAAGCAGUGUUGCUUGAUAAUCCGCUGAAGUGGUAUUCAUUCAGUCAAUCUUUCUUGGACAGGAAUUUAAUGGAACCAGAUGCAUUGCUAUAAAAGAAAUGUUUCAACAAAAAUGUAUCUACAAGGAUAAUCAUAUUGUCUCUGUGUGUUCUUUGCCACUGUAAUUUAUUUAUGAGAUAAAGUCCUGAAGAGUUGUCAUUGUUUUUGUAAAUGAUACCUGUGUCAGCUCCUAGUAAAUGUCAGACAAAAUCCAUUUGUAGCAACUGACUUGCAGGUUUGUCACACAGUAUUUGCAAGACUUGAUUUUGGAUCUGCUUCUGUAACCCCCUCAUACUGUAUUUGAUGACGGGGUUUACCUCAAUAUCAGUGUACUCAAGUCACAAGGUGCCUUAGUGUGUUAAAUGUCCGUAGGUCUACCAAAAAUGCCUUUAUGAGUCUUGGUGUAUUUUUUUUCUAUUAUUUUUUUUGAUUAUUAUUAAUUUUGUAUUAUUUUAGUACUCUUAAGUGUGUAUAUCCUAGCUGUAGUCUCAACAUUGUACUAUUGUAUUAAAAUGUAACCAUACUAAGA